UCCCCGUUAUAGGGUUGUAAAAUUGCAAUAACAAUUUUUUUUGUGACUGUGUUUGUUGUCACACUUACCUCAAAACUAUUUGUUGAAAAAUCGAAUGUUCACUGUACAGUUGGAAAGUUACCGUUACUGCUGUACUCAUCGUAGCGGAAUAUUGCAUUCUCAAACAAAUAGGAAAAAAUAAAAAGAAAUGAAAAGAUAUGUUGUUGAAGCUUGGAAGGAUAAUACUAAGGUUUUAAAGAAAUACUUACCUGGACUUUGCAUGCCUCAACUGUUUGCUCGUAGCUGCUUCGUGUUCACAUCAUCCAUAUAAUAUUUGUUGAAAUCAUCCAAUCUCUUUAUACACAGUAAUCAAGAUUUACAAGCAUGGCAGUUACCCUUCUUUCAAAAACUGCUCUGAACUAUGACUCUCCAGAUAGUCCGAGAGAAACGUCUAACGGCGUGACUUCUAUAGCAACCAUAGAGUUGCGCAAUGUUAAAGAAGAAUACAAUGAAUACAAUUGCAAUGAAGGCGAAAUAGACUAUAGCAUGGAAGUGAAAUCUUACAGAAGACGUUUUUAUAUGCUAAUGCUGUAUUUUGUGUUAGCCACUCUAGGUAGUAUGUUAUAUCCUCAACACAUAGCAGAAGCAAAUGUAACGGGGUGUUACUAUGGCGUUAGUCAAAUUGCAGUGAACUGGACUUCUCAGAUCACGAUGCUAACAUACAUUGUUUUAAUAAUUCCUGUUUCGUUGCUAAUGAAUAUAUUAGAUCUUCGAUGGACCUUGAUCUGUGGUUCAAUUCUCAAUACUACAUCUGUUUCACUUCAGUUUCUGGCACUGAAGCCAGAUGGGUUUCCAUUUGUAAUGUUGAGCUGCUUCUUCGAUGCUUUAGCCAGUGUGUUCAUUAUUGGAAUGAGUCCCUUCUUGGCUGCAAGGUGGUUCCCCGCGAACGAGAUAUCUCGGGCAUGUGCUUUUGGAGUUUUAGGUAAUGAAAUUGGUGUGUCAUUUGGAUUGAUGUUCACACCCUUAUUAGUCAGCACUGACUGUAGUAACCCGCAAGAAAUUGAAUCGGGCAAAAGAAAUGUUGCUUACGUCCUAACAAUUUUAAAUGCUGUACUGCUAAUCAUAUUGUAUUUUAGUAAGUAUAACUAUCAAUUCUUUAAAUAUAGUAAUGAGCUGAGUUUUCUCCAUAUUAAAAUAUUACGUCUUCAAGCAUGAAAUUUGUAAAAUUUGCAGAAAAAGACAUAGUUGGUUCAUAUUUUCAGACAUUAGGAACUAUUUCAGUCAUCAAACUAUGUCAUCUCUUUACAUUUUUACCUCGCAAGCGGUAAAAUUAACCUGGUCCUACCAGGUUGCCCUGGUCGGUGUGAAAAAUCCUGCCUGACGAUAAUC